AUGGGUCGUCGUCCGGCAAGAUGCUAUCGCUAUUGCAAAAACAAUCCGUAUCCUAAAUCGCGCUUCUGUCGCGGUGUGCCAGACGCGAAGAUCCGCAUCUUUGAUCUGGACCGAAAGAAGGCUGUAGUAGAAGACUUCCCGUUCUGCGUGCAUCUCGUAUCGGAUGAGUACGAACAGCUCAGCUCGGAAGCACUCGAAGCUGGUCGUAUUUGCUGCAACAAGUACCUGGUGAAGUACUGCAGCAAAGAUCAAUUCCAUAUUCGCAUGCGGCUGCAUCCGUUCCACGUUAUUCGCAUGAACAAAAUGUUGUCGUGCACCAAGUACGAUCGGGAUGAAUACCAGAAGCACAACGUCGAAGUUCGAUUGGUUGCCGAUGGCUGCGGUGUCCAGUUCCGUAACGACCACGGCCCGCUGACAAAGUGGGAGCAGCAUCAACGUUCGCAUUUGUCAGCCUAA